CACUUCCUCUCUCAUUCUCCUAACAACUAUAAUGGCUUGGACAUGGAGCCUACUAUCUCCUCCUCCUCUCAACUUCCUAGCCAAUUCCUUCGGUAAGGAUAAUAAAACUUCCAUCAACGAUCUCGCCGCUAUUAAUUGCAGAUGUUGGAGAAGAAGAAGAAGAUCGGACUCUGUAAUUGUAAGAGCUUCGGAAGACGACGACGAAGACAAGCCAUCAUUCAAUCCCUUCGGCUUCGUCACCGAUAAUCCCUCCAGUAGGAAUGCCAUCCAACUCCCGGAAUCUCCCGCCGAAGAUGGAAACGUCGGACAAAUGCUUUAUAGAAUAGAAGACAAGGGAAGGGACUUUGGCUCUACUAUUAGAUCUGGGAAACUUAGGUGGUUUGUGAGAGAAACAGGAUCUGGAAACAGGCGUGGUACUGUUGUUUUACUUCAUGGUGCUCCGACUCAAUCUUUCAGCUACCGAGUUGUCAUGUCUCAGAUGGCAGAUUCUGGAUAUCAUUGCUAUGCACCUGAUUGGAUAGGUUUUGGCUUCAGUGAUAUGCCACAGCCAGGAUAUGGCUUUAACUAUACUGAAGAGGAGUUCCAUACUGCAUUUGAUGGCUUGCUAGACACUUUGGAGAUCACAUCACCAUUUUCCCUUGUAGUUCAGGGAUUCCUUGUAGGUUCUUAUGGUUUAACCUGGGCACUGAAGAAUCCUAGUAGGAUACAAAAACUAGCAAUUUUAAACAGUCCAUUAACAGAUUCUUCUCCAGUUCCUGGACUAUUUAAACAGCUAAGAAUUCCACUUUUUGGUGAAUUUACUUGUCAGAACGCUAUAAUGGCUGAACGCUUUAUCGAGGCAGGUAGCCCCUAUGUUCUGAAGCUGGAAAAGGCUGAUGUUUACAGAUUACCAUACUUGCAACGCAGUGCACCUGGAUUUGCACUGCUUGAAUCUGCAAAAAAAGCCAAUUUCAAAGGUAUCUCGAGCCAAAUAGCAAAGGGGUUCAUGUCUGAAAGAUGGGACAAGCCAAUAUUAGUUAUCUGGGGGAUAGCAGACAAGUAUUUGCCAAACUCAGUGGCUGAAGAAUUUCAGAAAGGAAAUCCUAAGAACAUUAAGCUUAAGCUGAUUGAAGGUGCUGGCCAUAUGCCACAGGAAGACUGGCCAGAGAAAGUUGUGGAUGCUUUGAGAAUGUUCUUCUAGAAGCAGCAGCCCUGGACAAACAAUCAAAGCCUUUUGGUUAUGGUAUUUCUUCUUUCUUUUUUCAUUAGGGGAUCAGAAAUCAGAAUCCCAUAAUUUAUAUAGUUAUUCCCCUGAAGAACAUGUUGUGUACAAUUUGUCCCUGAAGUGUUGUCAAUAUGUGGAGACAAAUUUACUUGUCUAGGUUGAUUUGAGCUUAAAGAAUCAUGAACCUAUUGUUUAUCUUCA